AUCCCCACUAUCCUAAAAAAAAAAUCUCAUCCCCACUUCUCCCUCUCCCAAUCGCUUCUCCCCCGCACACACGAGCGGAGAACGCCGGCCUCCCUCCACCGACAGGCUCCUCCUCAACCGCGGGGGACUACCGCCCUCUCCAGUAAACGCCGACAGCCUCCCUCUGCCGUCCACCGCCUCCCGCCCCCGCCCCCACCCUCCAGUGGAACGCCGCCAGGUGCCUCCUCCCUCCUUCGGUCGCUUUCCUCGCCCAAAUCCUGCAAUGGAAGAACGAAAAUCCCCUUGAGCUCAAUAGAGAAGCAAAUAGAGCCUGAGAAGCAUAAGUGCGUAGGAACAAGAGCACCUUGCUGUAAACUUGUAAGAAGUUUGGAGGAAAGAAUAUUUGCUGUGCUGUGUUCGAUUUUAUUACGAGGGGUAUAAAUGCGGCUUAGUAUAGUCCAUCGAAAUGUUCUUGCACUGGCAUCUUCCAGGUCAUGCUUUGUUCUUGGAGACCAUCCUCCAUUCAGGAUGCUGUCACUACCACGGGCAGCUGGGUUUCAUCAGACCGCUUGGUGUGGUAGUCAAAUUGUAGAAGACAGGGGUGGGCCACUAACUCUUGCUAGCCUAGAAGUGCAAAGCAAAGUUGAAUAUGGGAAGAAGGAAAAAAUGGUACGAAGUGGAGGUUCAAAAUCAAGUUCAAGAGUAUCUUCUGUCAAUGUGAAACCAAAGGUUUCUUCUCUUAAUGUCAAACCAGCAAAGAGUGCCUUACCAAAGUCAGCUCAGAUAAAGAAGACACUGAAGGUAGAUGAGGCUCUGUUUUCUGCAAAGUCAUUUGAAGAGCUUGGUUUGCCACCUUUGCUUUUGGAUCGGUUGAACAAAGAAGGUCUGACUGCUCCAACUGAGGUCCAAUCCGCUGCUAUUCCUAUAAUAGCACAAAAGCAUGAUGUUGUGAUCCAAUCAUAUACUGGCUCCGGCAAAACACUUGCUUACCUUCUCCCGAUUCUUUCUGAAAUAGGGCCCCUGAAUAGGCCGAUGGAACAAGUUAGUUCUGAGAAAAGAUCAGGGGUAGAAGCAGUUAUUGUUGCUCCUUCCAGGGAAUUAGGAAUGCAAAUUGUGAGAGAAGUGGAGAAGAUUUUGGGUCCUAGUGAUAAGAGACUUGUCCAGCAACUUGUUGGCGGUGCUAAUCGUUCCAGGCAAGAAGAAGCAUUAAAGAAGAACAAGCCAAUUGUUGUUGUUGGAACACCUGGUCGUAUUUCCGAAAUUUCAGCUGCAGGUAAGCUACACACCCAUGGCUGCCGCUUUCUUGUACUGGAUGAAGUCGACCAGCUUUUGUCUUUUAAUUACCGUGAGGAUAUGCAUAGAAUUCUGGAGCAUGUUGGAAGGAAGUUUAGUACUGUAUCUAGGGAUAUUCUUGGCCCACUUGCUAGGCGAUCUGAGCGUCAGACUAUCUUGGUUUCUGCAACAAUACCAUUUUCAGUUAUACGAGCAGCAAGGAGUUGGGGUCAUGAUCCGGUUCUGGUUAGAGCCAAGAGUGUAGUUCCACUUGAAUCAAUCACUGUUCCGAGACCCGCAUUAUCCCAAACUGGUGCUAACUCCAGCUCUCCAUCAAACUCAGUGAACCAAGCUGCUGUUGGCAGCUUACCACCAUCUUUGGAACAUUACUAUUGUACAUCCAAGGCUCAGCACAAAGUUGACACUUUACGGAGAUGCAUCCAUGCUCUGGAAGCACAGACAGUGAUUGCAUUCAUGAACAACACCAAGCCUCUGAAGGAUGUUGUAUUUAAGUUGGAGGCCCGUGGGAUCAAAGCCACUGAGCUACAUGGAGAUCUUGGAAAGCUUGCAAGGUCUACAGUCUUGAAAAAGUUCAAGGACGGUGAAUUCAGAGUUCUAGUUACAAAUGAGUUGUCUGCCAGAGGACUGGAUGUGCCAGAAUGUGACCUUGUGGUUAAUCUGGAUCUUCCAACGGACUCUACACAUUACGCCCACAGAGCUGGAAGAACUGGACGUCUCGGGCGGAAAGGGAUUGUGGUCACAAUAUGUGAAGAAACAGAGGCAUUUGUUGUAAGAAAAAUGCGCAAGCAGUUAGCUGUGCCAAUCAAGCCAUGCGAAUUCACUGAAGGCGAGCUUGUUGUUCACAAGGAGGAAGAUGUGGAGUAAACUCCUCAUUAUGCACCUGACUACUCUAUUUUUGUUUACUUCUUGCGUUUUGUAAUAUGAUUCUUGCGAAUUCUACUCUUAGCACUUCAAAAUAAUGGCCUUUGCUUGUCCUGCUGGAUGUUCAUAUUGCCUGGGUAGAAAUGUUAGAAACACCAGGCUGAAACAAAGUUAAGUCUUUCCCUUGCAGGGAGCAAUUUCCUA